AUGAAAGGCGGAGCAGAUCAUGAAGACCUACACGAACAGGCAGAAUCCUGCCUCGCUCGGUUUCGACGGUUCGGAAACCUAGACGAUAUAGACAAGGCAAUCGAAUAUGGGGCUCGCGCCCUAGAUUUGACACCCAGUGGACAUCCAAGCAUGUCGUCGCGAAUUAGCUGGCUUGGAGUGUACUACGACGAACGGUAUCGGCGACUUGGGAACUUGGACGACAUAAACAAGUCAAUGGAAUGCGGUGUCCGUGCGCUUGAACUAGUUUCGGAGAACGAUCCAGAACUGUCAGUACUGCUGGGCAAUAUGGGGAUAUCCUAUGGGAUGUGCUAUACACGCAUAGGGCGAGUGGAAGACCUAGGGAAAUCGAUCGAGUACUCAUCCCGCGCACUUGCCCUCACCCCCGACGGCCAUCCUCACCUGCCGCGCCGAAAUUCUGCUCUAGGAGUGGCAUACACCCAUCGAUAUCGACGCAUGGGAGAUCCAGCCGACCUCGAGAAAUCCAUCGAGUACAAGUCUCGUGCGCUCGAUCUCACUCCCGACGGCCAUCCUGACCUGCCACGCCGGCAUGCUGCUCUAGGAGCGUCAUACACCCAUCUAUAUCGACGCAUGGGAGAUCCAGCCGACCUCGAGAAGUCUAUCGAGUACAAGUCUCGUGCACUCGCCCUCACUCCCGACGGCCAUCCUGACCUGCCACGCCGGCAUGCUGCUCUCGGGGGAUCAUACAGCGAUCGAUAUCGACGCAUGGGAGAGCUAGCCGACCUCGAGAAGUCGAUCGAAUGCGACUCUCGUGCACUCGCCCUCACUCCUGACGGUCAUCCUGACCUGCCACGCUGGUAUGCUGCUCUAGGAGUAUCAUACAGCGAUCGAUAUCGACGCAUGGGAGAUCCAGCCGACCUCGAAAAGUCGAUCGAGUACAAGUCUCGUGCACUCGCCCUCACUCCCGACGGCCAUCCUGACCUGCCACGCCGGCAUGCUGCUCUAGGAGGGUCUCACACCGAUCGAUAUCAACUCAUGGGAGAACUAGCAGACCUCGAGCAAUCCGUCCAAUGCUAUUCCCGUGCACUCGCCCUCACUCCUCACGAUCAUCCCGACCUGCCCACCCGGCAUUUUGACUGGGCUACAUCCUGUCAUCACCAGUAUCAGCUUAACGCUCAUCCAUCCCACCUAGCAGCCUCUCUCCACUCUUUCCGCAAAGCGUCUCACUUAUCCGCUGCUUCUCCCCGCGACGUGUUCCACAACGCCUUUCGCUGGGCAAAGCUCGCAUCCGACCAUACCUACCUCAACCCAAUCGAAGCUUUCCGCAUACGAUACCAUGACCUCUCAUCGGCCGACAGUGUCGCCGUACGAGCUGCCUCUGCUGCUAUUCGUUCGUCUGAGCACAGUCUGGCACUCGAGUGGCUCGAGCAUGCACGCUGUAUCGUCUGGAGCCAGACCCUCAUGCUGCGGUCUCCUUCAGUUGCACAGCAACUCCAUCAUGCAAGCUCUGGCCUCCCGUCUCCCGACUCCACUGUAUUCCUUCCGGAACAUCGCCAUCGGUUAGCAAGGGAGUACAGCGACUUGCUGGCUCAAGCACGCAGCCUAUCCGGGCUUGAGCUCUUUCUUCAGCCGGCAAAGGCCGAUGACCUGAUCCGGGCUGCUCGGUACGGGCCUGUGGUCGUCGUCAACUGCCAUCAAUCUGACUGCGACGCCCUUGUGAUCUUGCCUGGCCAGGUUCAUAUCCGUCAUCUCGCUCUGCCUAACUUCACCGAGGUUAAGGCACAGCGUGCUCGCUCUGAGAUAGAACGGAUGCUGCGAAUCAAGGGACUGCGGGAGCGCGGGUUCCAUCUGAUGAACCCUCCGCCUGAUCCAGAUGUUGGAGCUGUGCUCGCCGGUCUCUGGAAAGACCUGGUCAGACCAGUGCUUGACCACCUGGGAUAUCUGGACGAUCCCACGAACGACCUCCCUCAUGUCACAUGGUGUCCCACUGGUGUGUUGUCAUUCCUGCCCUUACAUGCCGCCGGAGACUACGACCAGCCACGGUCGCGAGUGUUUGACUACGUCAUAUCCUCAUACACUCCCACUCUCACUGCUCUGCUGUCCUCUGCGCCCACCGUCGCCAACCGCCCCCCUCAGGUACUUGCCAUUGGUCAAGCAGCUACACCAGGUCGUAGCCCAUUGCAAGGCACCGUCAAGGAGCUCGAGUAUCUCCGGACUCAUGCACAAAGUAGACUGGCGUACGCAGAACUCACAGACAGUCAAGCCACGACCGUGGCCGUGCUCGAUGCAAUGGAGCAGUACGACUGGGUGCACCUUGCCUGCCACGCACACCAGAAUGUCGAUGAUCCGACAAAAAGUGGGUUCUUUCUGCAUGACGGCACUCUCGACCUGGCCGCCAUCACUCAGCGGUCGUUCAGAAACAAGGGUCCUGCCUUCCUGUCCGCAUGUCAAACCGCCACAGGUGACGCGAAGCUACCCGACGAAGCGAUCCACCUUGCGUCUGGGAUGCUGAUGGCAGGGUAUCCGAGCGUGAUUGCGUCGAUGUGGUCUGUGGUGGACGAGGACGCACCGUUUGUGGCUGAUAAGGUAUAUGGGCGGCUGAUGAAGGAUGGAAAGGUGGGAAACGGAGAGGCAGGAAAGGCGCUACACGAAGCAGUUGCGGGGCUGCGCGAGAAGGUUGGGGAGAAGGAGUUUGGGCGGUGGGUGCCGUAUAUACACAUAGGGUCAUAG